GCACCUGGUACCGGUAAAUUAGCGCGGGAAAUUAUCUGGCGCUUUAUUCGAGUGCGGGAGCGAAAUAAACAAAAGGACUUUGUUGAUCUACAGAACUUGGUCAAGAUGUUUGUUAUUAAAAGGAAUGGUCGGAAAGAGAAGGUGAUGUUUGACAAGAUUACAUCUCGGAUCCAGAAGCUGUGCUAUGGACUUCAUCCAGAGUUUGUUGACCCAGCUCAGAUUACUAUGAAGGUGAUCAGUGGUCUGUACCAGGGAGUGACUACGGUGGAACUGGACAACCUGGCAGCAGAGACCGCUGCUACCAUGACGACCAAACACCCGGACUACGCCCAGCUGGCUGCAAGGAUCGCCGUCUCCAACCUGCACAAGGAAACCAAAAAAGUGUUCAGUGAUGUGAUGGAUGAUUUGUUCACAAUGGUGAAUCCCAAAACACAGAAAGCUUCUCCCAUGAUCUCAGAAGAGAUACACAAAAUCAUCAUGGACAACUCUGAGAGACUGAAUUCUUCAAUCAUAUAUGAUCGUGAUUACACAUACAACUACUUUGGGUUCAAGACCCUUGAACGGUCCUACCUCUUGAAAAUAGAUGGCAAAGUUGUUGAGCGUCCCCAGCACAUGUUGAUGAGAGUUUCUGUAGGAAUUCAUCACACUGACAUUGAUGCUGCCAUCGAGACAUACAACUUGCUAUCAGAGAAGUGGUUCACACAUGCAUCUCCUACCUUGUUUAACGCUGGUACCGUUCGACCCCAACUGUCAAGUUGCUUUUUAUUGACCAUGCACUCAGAUAGUAUAGAGGGUAUCUAUGAUACCCUGAAGCAGUGUGCCCUCAUCUCAAAAGCUGCUGGAGGGAUUGGGCUGAAUGUUCAUAACAUCCGUUCCACUGGUAGCUACAUUGCAGGAACAAACGGUACAUCAAACGGCCUUUUGCCGAUGUUGCGGGUCUACAACAACACAGCCAGAUAUGUGGACCAGGGAGGAAACAAGCGCCCGGGAGCAUUUGCCAUUUACCUAGAGCCUUGGCAUGCAGACAUAUUUGAUUUCCUUGACUGUCGUAAGAACACAGGCAAGGAAGAGCAGAGGGCCCGUGACCUGUUUUAUGCCCUCUGGAUUCCGGACCUGUUUAUGAAGCGUGUGGAGACAAAUGGGGAGUGGACCCUAAUGUGCCCCGCCGAGUGCCCAGGUCUCCAUGACUGCUGGGGAGAAGAGUUCGAGAAACUCUACACUCAGUAUGAGAGUGAGGGUCGUGGACGGAAGACAAUCAAGGCUCAACAGCUGUGGUACGCCAUCAUUGAGGCCCAGACUGAGACGGGCACCCCGUAUAUGCUGUACAAGGACAGCUGUAACGGCAAGUCCAACCAGCAGAACCUGGGCACCAUCAAGUGUAGCAAUCUGUGUACCGAGAUUAUCGAGUACAGUAGCAAGGAUGAAGUGGCAGUGUGCAAUUUGGCUUCCAUUGCCUUGAACAUGUUUGUGAAGCCGGAUCAGACAUAUGACUUUGCCAAGCUGGCAGACGUAACCAAGGUUAUUGUAAGAAAUCUCAACAAAAUCAUUGAUGUCAACUACUAUCCUGUGAUAGAGGCAGAAAAUUCAAAUAUGAGGCAUCGCCCAAUAGGUAUCGGUGUCCAGGGGCUUGCUGAUGCCUUUAUUCUCAUGAGGUUCCCAUUUGAAAGCCCAGAAGCACAACAACUGAACAAGGACAUAUUUGAGACCAUCUACUUUGCGGCCCUUGAUGCCAGUUGUGAGCUAGCAGAAAAACUUGGCCCCUAUAAAACCUAUCCUGGAUCACCUGUCAGUAAAGGGAUUCUUCAACAUGACAUGUGGGAUGUGAAGGAUACUGAACGUUUAGAUUGGGCUGGUCUACGUGCACGUAUUGCCAAACAUGGAGUGAGAAACAGCCUGCUGCUUGCCCCAAUGCCAACGGCUUCCACUGCUCAGAUCCUUGGCAACAAUGAGUCUAUUGAGGCUUACACUAGCAACAUAUACACCCGAAGGGUGCUCUCUGGAGAAUUUCAGAUUGUGAAUCACCACAUGCUGAAGGACCUGACGGAGCAGGGCCUAUGGAAUGAAGACAUGAAGAACAUGCUCAUUGCUCACGGCGGAUCCAUACAGAAAUUAGAUGGCAUCCCGCAGGACAUUAAGGCACUUUACAAGACGGUGUGGGAAAUCUCCCAGAAGACCGUUCUCAAGAUGGCUGCGGACCGUGGGGCAUACAUUGACCAGAGCCAGUCUCUAAACCUACACAUCGCUGAACCAAACUACGGCAAACUAACCAGCAUGCACUUCUAUGCUUGGAAACUGGGUCUAAAGACUGGUAUGUACUAUCUCCGCACAAAGCCUGCUGCCAAUGCCAUCCAGUUCACCGUGGACAAGACAAAACUGGCAGAGAAAAGCAAGGCAAUCAAGGAAGAGGAGGAGGCUACGACGUCACAGGAGCAGAACAUGGCCACGAUGGUGUGCUCUCUGGAGAACAAAGACGACUGCCUUAUGUGUGGCUCCUAGAUUAGAAGCUUAAAAUUUGAGCGAAUUUUGUGUGGUGACUAUUGUGCCAUUGAGUUGAAUCUUUCAAAUGUGAACUGGGUCUUCUCGUUAAAUGUUGGACACAGAAAUUGUAUAUUAUUGCACAAACAUACACACUUGAGUUAUAAUUGUUAAGUAGAUGGUAACAUUAUACCUAAUUAAUCAUGAAUCGUAUGCUGAAAGUGCUGUAUAUCUUGUGAGGUGAUUAAUGAAUUGAAAACUAAUAUAUUGAUUAAAUUUCUGUUAAAUGAGUUGCUUGCAAUGUGACAUUUUUGUUUAUUCAUUUACUAUUAUUGGAUUAUUUAUAUAAAAUUUGUAAUAAUUUCCUUAAUGUCAUAUUUAUUAGAUCUGAUUGUCUUUAUUAAAUAUUCCUCA